AUGAAAACACAUACCCUCUUGGAGAGCCUCCUUCUGGCAGCAAGCACCAUUGCCGGCGUGGCAAGCGCUGCCAACGCAAAGACAUGCAACUCGUACAAUAUCCCUGUCACAGUCACGUCGACCAACCUUGUCUUCGGGCUGCCUCACUUCCAGACCGACUUUGACGUGGCCGACUUUGUCGACACGAUCACGAGCAGGAAUGUCACCACGGCGUCCAGCGUCAUCGCCCCUGGUGUCCAGGUCGUCACGGCAACCUACAACAUCGCGGCCACCUUCUGCAGGCCAGGCAACGGCAAGCCAGAUUCCAAAAAGAAGAGCACGGUGCUAAUAGCCACCCAUGGCCUGGGGUUUGACAAGACGUACUGGGAUCCGCAGCUCAACAAAACCAUGUACAGCUUCACGGACUGGGCGAUCGGGCAGGGGUAUUCCAUCUUUUCGUAUGACCGCCUCGGCGUGGGCGCGUCGUCACGGGUCUCGGGUUACGUGGCGCAGCUUUCAAACCAGGUCGCCAUCCUGGCCGAGCUCACCAAGCUGGUCAAGGCCGGCCAGUUCGUCGGCGGCACGGGCAAGCCCCCGGCCGUGGUCCUGCUCGGCCACAGCUUCGGAAGCGUCAUCUCCAUCACCGCCCUCGCCAACAACUUGUCGAUUGCCGACGGCAUUGUGCUUACCGGCUUCAGCUUGAACAAGACGUUUGUGAACGGGCUGGGAUUCGCCGAGGCCGGAGCCAUCCGCAUUGCCUCAUUCCAAUCGCCGGCCAAAUGGCGCCGGCUUGACACUGGUUAUCUGACGAAUGCCGACGUCCUCACCAACGUGGCCACAUUCUUCAAGGCGCCCGACUACGAUCCGGCGGUGGCUCAGUUUGCUGAGAACACCAAGGCUCCGCUUGCCGUCACCGAACUCUUGACGGCUUCGAGCAUCACCAACCUCCCAACUGCGUUUACAGGUCCAGCCAUGAUCAUGUCUGGCCAGUUCGACUUCAUCUUCUGCAUGUCCGACUGCGACGGCCUCCUCGAAAACCCAGGCGCGGAGGUCUUCUCCCACGCCAAGUCGUUCAAAGCCGUCAGCUUCCCAGGCGCCGGCCACGGGCUCAACCUGCACCUCAACGCCGCGGAGUCAUUCAAGGAAAUCACCGAUUUCCUCACUUCCAAUGGGCUUUGA